AUGGGUCAGACUGCCUGUGCGGAAUCCAUCUGCCAGCCAACGGCGAAAGUCAGCACGGAAUCGGAAAUCACCUACUGCAACAACGACCGUGAAACCAAGCCAGUCGACAAGGUCGGACAGGUUCCACUUCCAAGGCUGCUGGGAGCAAAAGAGGACUCGGGCAAAGUGAGCGGUGAUAAGUCGUCGCCACUGAAGGAGGACGAGGAAGCUCUUGGAGGUGUUGAUCUGGAAGGAGACGCCGAAGCAGCGUCAAGUAUCAGGGUGGAGUUUCCAAGCGCUGAAGAGCUUUUAGAUGCAGGCCGCCACAACAGCAGCAAGGAGAGCAAGGCCCAAAGAAAGCUGGAGAGGGCCGAAGCCCGAAAGCAAGUGCUUCCGUUUCUGCUGCAGAACGGCUUCCACACCGUGAAGUCAAAGAGGACGUUCUUCUGGAGGUCAUGGUAUCCUCUGCACACUGCUGUGAAACACAACGACCUGGAAACGGUGCGGCUUUUGAUCACAGCAGGUGCGGACCCGCAGAAGCUGAACUCCAGGGGUGAGACGCCUGAGCAGCUGGCUGAGCGCCUGAACCGAUCGGGUUCCCAUGUUGACAUCAUUGAUGCCUUGCAUCACGCGAAGGGGAAGCGCAAGAAGUCAUCCAAGCACCCACCUGAUGCAGAGUCCUCGAUGAAGGGCAAGGCCAGCAUGGCCAGCACAGCAUCGUCACUGGAGAUUACACCCCGAGGCAGCCAACGGAUGUUGCAGAGAGGGAGACGGAGCGGACCGUUGAAGCAGAUUUCAAUGGACAUUGUUAAGACAGAGGAAAGUAAGAUGUGCAAUACAAUGUAG